AUGGCGGUUGCCCAAGGAAUAAACAUCUCCAUUGAUCGUGGAGGCACUUUUUGUGAUGUCCUGGUACAAGUUCCAGGCCGUCAAGAUCUCGUGUUCAAGCUGCUAUCUGAGGAUCCGCAAAAUUACCGCGAUGCCCCGACAGAGGCAAUCCGAAGAGCAUUGGAAGUGAUCGAAGAACGGCAGAUACCCGCUGGGCAACUACUGGACGGAUCACAGAUAGCAUCAUGUCGCAUUGGAACUACCAUCGCGACCAAUGCGUUGCUGGAAGGCAAAGGGCGUGACUUUGCAUUUGUCACAACGAAGGGCUUCAAAGAUGUCUGCGUCAUUGAUGACCAAACGCGACCGAAGCUGUUUGCCUUAAACGUGAGAAAACCCUCUGCGCUGCACUCCGUGUCGGUGGAAAUCGACGAACGCAUCACUAUUGAAGAUUAUGAUCUCAACCCAUCUCCUUUGGACAAAGCAGCCAAGCUCACGGAUCCUGCACUGGUGCGAACGCCUAGUGGAGAGGUGGUGAGGAUUUUGAAACCCCUCGAUACUGUUGAGGUUCAAGAGGUGUUGAGUGGACUGUUGUCUGCGGGCUAUACCUCUUUGGUCAUCUCCUUCAUGCAUUCCUAUUUGUAUCCUUCCCAUGAGGACCAGGUAGCGGAGAUUGCGCGGAACAUGGGCUUUGAAACUGUGAUCAAAGCGUCUGAAGUUAGCCCCGUUAUCAAGUUCCUUCAACGCAGCAGUUCCGCUUCAUCUGAGGCAUAUUUGUACCCCAUCGUGAGAGAUUAUGUGCAAGCGUUCCAAACCGGCUUCAGUGUACUUCCUCAACGCGUCGAGUUCAUGGGUUCCGACGGAGGACUGAGACAAGCUGAAAAAUUCCGCGGAAAUGAAGCCCUCCUCAGUGGACCGGCGGGUGGUGUUGUUGGAAUUGCCCGAACGUGUUUUGAUGCGUUUGAAAAGUCGCCCGUACUCGGGUUUGACAUGGGAGGGACCAGCACGGAUGUUUGUCGAUACGACGGCAAGUAUGAUUAUUUGACAGAGACGGUAGUUGGUGGGCGCAAAAUCACAGCGCCCAUGUUGAAUAUCACGACGGUUGCAGCUGGCGGAGGGUCGAUGCUGUUUGCCCGACACGGAUUGUUUGUUGUUGGCCCCGAGAGCGCGGGCGCCCAUCCUGGUCCUGCAUGUUACCGAAAAGGGGGUCCUCUUACCGUGACCGACGCGAAUCUUUUUUUGGGAAGACUGGUUCGGUCUUCAUUUCCAGCCAUCUUUGGUCCGGAUGCGAAUCAAAGCCUAGAUCUUGAGAUCACCAAGCAGAAGUUCGAUGAGAUAACUCGUCAGAUCAAUGAGCAAACUGGGCAGACACUCACCCCGGAGGAAGUUGCUUUCGGGUUUCUUGAUGUCGCAAACGAAACCAUGACUCGCCCAAUGCGCAAUGCAACAGAGGUGCGUGGAUUUGCACCGGGCAGGCACACGUUGGUCAGCUUUGGAGGUGCUGGCGGUCAACAUGCUUGCUCAAUCGCCAACAAGCUGGGCAUCCAACGAAUCCUGAUCCAUAAGCACUCAUCCUUACUCUCAGCUGUUGGUAUUUCCCAAGCCGAUCUGCAGGUCGAAAAAACAUUGCCCUUCGUGGGAUUCUUCAGUUUCGACAUCUUGGGGGAGAUUCGAAGUCAGAUAAAGAAGCUGAGAUCCAAGGUGGAAACUGCCUUAUACUCACAAGGCGCAGAUCCUUUGACUAUUGUGUUCGAAGAAUCCCUCAGUCUGAGAUAUGCGGGAACAGACACCAACAUUAUCGUCCCCAAACCGGAUGAUGAGGAUUACGGUGGAUCAUUCGUGGCCACCCAUCUACGAGAGUUUGCGUUCUCCCUGGAAAGGAAGAUACACAUCGACUCUAUAAAGGUCCGUGGAGUUGGAAGAAGCGGUGUUACUGCUGACAAUCCGUCACCGUAUUAUUUACUGGAACAGGUCAAAUCUGGCAAGGAAUACCUUCAGGCUGAUCGAGCCCAACCUGUAUUUUUCGAUGCUGAAUGGCACAGUGUGCCAAUCUUCGAGCUCGGCUCAGUGCAGCGUCCCUCUCAAUUGCGAGGCCCUGCCUUGCUAAUUGAUGCUACCCAGACAAUCUUCGUAGAGCCUAGGCUCAAUGCCUAUCUUCUUUCGGAUCACCUGGUGCUCGAGAAGACAGAAACCAUAGCUUCCACAUCCGAAGUGUCGCAUUCUACAAAGACCAUUGACUCGAUUCAGCUUUCGAUUCUGUCCCACAGGUUCAUGGCUAUAGCAGAGCAGAUGGGAAACACUCUGCAGCGCACAUCUAUUUCAACCAGCAUCAAAGAGCGCCUGGAUUUCUCGUGCGCCAUCUUCUCCCGAGAUGGAAAGUUGGUGGCCAAUGCCCCACAUAUUCCAAUCCACCUUGGAAGUAUGCAAUAUGCAACCCAAUAUCAACACCGUCUUUGGGAAGGAAGACUGAAGCCCGGAGAUGUACUUCUCAGUAACCAUCCUGAAUGCGGCGGAACCCAUCUUCCGGAUCUGACCGUCAUCACUCCGGUCUUUGUGGAGGAAGAAGCCACUGUUGCCUUCUAUGCUGCUGCUCGUGGUCACCACACAGAUAUUGGAGGACAGGGAAUCACUUCGAUGAUGCCCGACUCGAGGGAGCUGUGGCAAGAAGGCUUCAACGUUAAAUCCAUGAAGAUAGUCGAUAAUGGUGUUUUUCUUGAAUCUGAUGUACGGGAUGCUUUCCUGGCUGCGGGUGAUCUCCCCGGCUGCAGCCCAACACGAAGAUUAGACGAUAAUAUUUCCGACAUCAAGGCGCAGAUCUCGGCGAAUCAGCGCGGUAUUCUGCUUUUGCAGAACAUGUGCAGGGAAUUCAGUUUCCCUUUUGUGCAUCGCUACAUGAGCGCCAUCCAGAUGAAUUCUGAAACCGCUGUCAGAGAAUAUCUCAAGCAGGUGUCCCGAUCGAAAGCCAUGCCCUUAACGGCGAGUGACCACUUCGACGACGGCACUGUCAUCAAAGUUACGAUAAAUAUCGACGAGGCAGGCGGCGCAGUGUUUGAUUUCACAGGUACGGGCCCCCAGAUGUGGGGAAAUUACAACUGCCCGAUUUCCAUCACUCAUUCCGCCGUGAUAUACAGCAUCCGGUGCUUGGUAGAUACGGAUAUUCCCCUCAACGAUGGAUGUCUGGCACCCAUAGACAUUCGAAUCCCCAAAGGCACCAUCUUAAGACCCAGCGCAUCCGUGGCAAUAUGCGGCAGCACACUAGCAAGCCAGCGCGUGAUUGAUACGAUUUUGCGGGCGUUCGAAAGCUGUGCGGCAUUCUCUGGUUGUGCGAAUAGCUUUGGCUGGGGAAUGGGAGGAAGGAAUCCCGUCACCGGUCUCAUUGAGCCCGGAUGGAAUUAUGGCGAAACGGUAGGAGGUGGUUGUGGUGCUGGGCCUGGCUGGCACGGAGAACAUGCUAUCCAGGCGCACUCGACCAAUACGAAAAUUACAGAUGCGGAGGUUGUCGAAAAAAGGACGCCUGUCAUUAUUCGAAAACACGCGAUCAAUCCUAGCACUGGCGGUGCUGGGGAGUAUCGAGGAGGAAACGGCGCGGUUCGUGAAAUUGAGGCUAGAAUUCCCCUCAAAUUCAGCAUACUCAGUGACCGGCGAGUCUUCUCUCCCUAUGGGAUGCAUGGAGGCCACCCUGGCUCCGUGGGCAAGAAUUAUGCAUUCAAGUGGAAUGAGGACAAGACUGCUUUGGAGAGACUGUCUCUCAGUGGGAAAGCUGCUCUUUCUCUGCAGGCUGGAGAACUCAUGCAAAUCAACAGCCCGGGGGGAGGAGGAUGGGGGUCUUCACUGUGA